AUACCCUAAAAGACCUCUGCUCGAUCGAAGCACUCAAGUGGACAUUUUUAGAAGCUCUUUUUACUUCAAUAAGCGUUUCAUUUAUUUUGGAACUGUGUGGUUAAUAACCUUAAAUUAUACUGUUGUGACAGUUUUGUGAAAUAUACAAUCAAGUGAUGGAUAAAAUAUUUGGUAAAGACGAGGAUUCCGGAAAUGAAAAUGAUUUCAUUGAAGUUGGACCAAAGGAAGAUGAAAAGCAGACAUCAAUGGAAACUUCGGGAGAGAAAGAAAUCAUGGACGAAAGUAGCACAGAUAAAGACAUUGCUUCAAAAUCAAAGGAAAAUGAUGUGAUGGAUAUUGAAUAUACGACGAGUUCUCAAUCACAGUCUGAUAAUGAAGAGACAUCUUUGCCUUUUAAAUCGGAAGUAAUAGAAGAUCAUAUCGAAAUUAUAAAACACGAAAUUGAAAUUCCUCCAGAACAAAAUCGCGAGCCAAUCACAGAGGAUUUAUUUGGCAACAGUAUCCUUAUGUCCAAUGUGACUCCAAAUAAUGUUAAAGAGCGAAGAGAAAGUAAGGAAAAAAGUAAAAAAGAAUUGGAGGAAGAGGAAAGAGAGAAAAUGCAAGUUUUAGUGUCUAAUUUCACAGAAGAUCAAUUAGACAGAUAUGAAAUGUAUCGAAGAGCAGCUUUCCCUAAAUCAGCCAUCAAACGCAUUAUGCAAACAAUUACAGGAUGUUCCGUAUCUCAAAACGUUGUAAUUGCAAUGUCGGGCAUAGCAAAAGUAUUUGUUGGGGAAAUUGUUGAGGAAGCUUUAGACGUGAUGGAAGCCCAUGAUGAAUCAGGACCAGUGCAACCAAAGCACUUGAGAGAAGCAGUUAGAAGAGUAAGACUUCAAGGUCAAAUACCAAAUGGAAGAGCUCACAAAGCUUUCUUUAGAUUAUAGCAUUUUAUUCAAAUAUUGAAUUUUCAUCUUUAUUUCGCGUUAUCAUUAUUAAUAGCAAUUUAAUUUGUAUGAGAAAUGUAAAUAGUUUGUUUUUUUAAAAAUAAUUUUGAAAAUAAAAACUGCAUCUUUUAAUUUCAA